AUGCGGGGGAGGGGGCGGAGGGAGGCGGCCCCCUCCCGCCGCGGGCCGGUCCUGGGCCGGUCUCGGUGUCCCGGCCGGGGCGGGGCGCGCGGCGGCGCCGGGGCCGCUUCCCCCUUCUCCCCAUUCGCCCGGGAGCCAUGGAGGCGCUGAGGGAGUCCGUGCUGCACUUGGCUCUGCAGAUGUCGACCUACAAGCGGGCCACGCUGGACGAGGAGGACCUGGUGGACUCGCUGUCGGAGGGCGAGGUGUACCCCAACGGCCUGCAGGUGAACUUCCGCAGCCCCCGGAGUGGCCAGAGGUGCUGGGCUGCGCGGACGCCGGUGGAGAAGCGGCUGGUGGUGCUGGUGGCACUUCUGACGGCAGGACUGGUGGCCUGCUUGGCGGCGCUGGGCGUUCAAUACCGGACAAGAACCCCCCCAGUGUGCCUAAGUGAGGCCUGCGUCUCAGUGACCAGCUCCAUCUUGAGUUCCAUGGACCCCACGGUGGACCCCUGCCAGGACUUCUUCACCUAUGCCUGUGGAGGCUGGAUCAAAGCCAACCCCGUACCUGAUGGCCACUCACGCUGGGGGACUUUCAGCAACCUCUGGGAGCACAACCAGGCCAUCAUCAAGCACCUCCUUGAAAACUCCACAGCCAGUGUGAGCGAGGCAGAAAGGAAGGCCCAGGUAUAUUACCGCGCAUGUAUGAAUGAAACCAGGAUCGAGGAGCUCAAGGCCAAGCCCCUGAUGGAGCUAAUUGAGAAGCUAGGGGGCUGGAACAUCACAGGUCCCUGGGACAAAGACAACUUCCAGGACACUCUGCAGGUGGUCACCUCCCACUACCGCACCUCUCCCUUCUUCUCUGUCUACGUCAGUGCCGACUCCAAAAAUUCCAACAGCAACGUGAUCCAGGUGGACCAGUCUGGUCUGGGCUUACCUUCAAGGGACUAUUACCUGAACAAAACUGAAAAUGAGAAGGUGCUGACAGGAUACCUGAACUACAUGGUCCAACUGGGCAAGCUGCUGGGUGGAGGGGAUGAGGACGCCAUCCGGCCCCAGAUGCAGCAGAUCCUGGACUUUGAGACGGCACUGGCCAACAUCACCAUCCCCCAGGAGAAGCGCCGGGAUGAGGAGCUCAUCUACCACAAAGUGACAGCUGCUGAGCUGCAGGCCUUGGCACCUGCCAUCGACUGGCUGCCCUUUCUCAAUACCAUCUUCUACCCCGUGGAGAUCAAUGAGUCUGAGCCUAUCGUUGUCUACGACAAGGAGUACCUGGGGCAGGUCUCCACCCUCAUCAACAACACUGACAAAUGCCUGCUAAACAACUACAUGAUCUGGAACCUGGUGCGGAAGACAAGUUCCUUCCUUGAUCAGCGCUUUCAGGACGCUGAUGAGAAGUUCAUGGAAGUCAUGUAUGGGACCAAGAAGACCUGUCUUCCUCGGUGGAAGUUCUGCGUGAGCGACACAGAGAACAACUUGGGCUUCGCCCUGGGCCCCAUGUUUGUCAAAGCGACAUUUGCCGAGGACAGCAAGAGCAUAGCCAGCGAGAUAAUCCUAGAGAUCAAGAAGGCAUUCGAGGAAAGCCUGAGCACCCUGAAGUGGAUGGAUGAAGAGACUCGGAGAUCAGCCAAGGAAAAGGCAGACGCUAUCUACAACAUGAUAGGCUACCCCAACUUUAUCAUGGAUCCCAAGGAGCUCGACAAAGUGUUCAAUGAUUACACUGCAGUGCCCGACCUCUACUUCGAAAACGCCAUGCGGUUUUUUAACUUCUCCUGGAGGGUCACUGCCGACCAGCUCAGGAAAGCUCCCAACAGAGACCAGUGGAGCAUGACCCCCCCCAUGGUGAAUGCCUACUACUCGCCCACCAAGAAUGAGAUUGUGUUUCCUGCCGGGAUCCUGCAGGCGCCGUUCUAUACCCGCUCCUCACCCAAGGCCUUAAACUUUGGUGGCAUUGGUGUUGUCGUGGGCCACGAGCUGACUCAUGCUUUUGAUGAUCAAGGACGAGAGUAUGACAAGGACGGGAACCUUCGGCCCUGGUGGAAGAACUCAUCCGUGGAGGCUUUCAAGCAGCAGACGGAGUGCAUGGUGGAGCAGUACGGCAACUACAGCGUGAACGGGGAGCCUGUGAACGGCCGGCACACGCUGGGGGAGAACAUCGCUGACAACGGGGGCCUCAAGGCGGCCUAUCGGGCCUACCAGAACUGGAUAAAGAAGAACGGGGCUGAGCAGACGUUGCCCACCCUGGGCCUCACCAAUAACCAGCUCUUCUUCCUGGGCUUUGCACAGGUCUGGUGCUCUGUCCGCACGCCUGAGAGCUCCCAUGAAGGCCUCAUCACCGAUCCUCACAGCCCCUCCCGCUUCCGGGUCAUUGGCUCCGUCUCUAACUCCAAGGAGUUCUCAGAACACUUCCACUGCCCCCCUGGCUCACCCAUGAACCCUCAUCACAAGUGUGAAGUCUGGUGAGGGUGGAAACACCUCGAGCAAAGACAGGAUGAGCCCCCCGGUGGGGCCCACAAGGCCGCCUUUCCAUCCAGCAUCCGGGGUGUCGCCCCACACCCUGGCCACCCAGGGCCCCCCUACCCUGCACUGGAGGGUUUCCAGCCGGAACUGAGCCUAUGAUGUGGGUUCUCAACAUAAUCUGACGUUUGAUCCCCUGUGAAGACUCUGUCAUCCCAGGCACGUGUGCGUCAAGUCUCACGGGCAUUUGGGGGUCAGACCGGUUGCUUGCCAGGCCCGGACCCCCUACUGACAAGGGCAGUGGGGCACGGCCCCCCGCCCACAUCCAGCGCCAGAAACACCACAAAUACCACUGUGUCAAAUGCUUUAAAGAUAUAUUUUUGGGGAAACUAUUUUUUAAACAUUGUGGAAUACACUGGAAAUCUUCAGGGAAAUGAUGCAUUUAAAACACUUUUUUUUUUUUAAGGAAAGGAUUGGUAUAUUUAUUAUAUUCUGUUUUUCUACAUAACCUGUGGAUAAGGGAAGCCCCACCGACUCUCCGGUCCCUUCCUCCCCCGCUGUGAGGUGGGCCGAGGCCGUCGCCCCGCUGAGCACGCGCGGGAGGGAGCUGCCCCUGCCCUUGGCGCUUGCCCUGUCGGAAGAGAGGGGCGGGGCCGGCCCACGGGGGCAGCUCGCAGACCCUGCCCCUCGGAGCUGGCCCGCCUGUCCCCGAGGCCGGCAGCGGGAGCCCCACCAAGGGCGGGCUGGUCCCCGAGUCGAUGGCUGUCGUCGAUGGCUGUCGCAGGAGGGGCCGGUGCUGGCCUUCAAGCCAGCUGCACGGCAGGAGCCCCGAGAGAGCGCGCCCUGGGUGGCCACGCUGGCCUCCUCGGCCGGCUGAGCUGGGUCCCCGCCUGGGGGGCUCCCGGCCCGCGGCCCGCCCCCAGCUCCAGUGCCUUAUCUGAGGCCGCCCAGGCUCACCCGCCGCCCUUGCCUCCUCAGUGAAGCCUUCAGGCGUCUGCCCGCAGUGCCAGGCCACCCGCUCCUCGCAGCGGCCCGCAGCCGCCCCCGCGGCGGCCCAAGGUCAGGAACGGGCCGGACCCCAUCCCGCCCCUGGGGCGGACUCAGGCAAUCCCCGGUGGAGGGGCGGAGGGGUUGCCAGCCCGGGAAGACCCCGAGGGAAGGCCCCCGCGGCCCUGUCUAGCCUGGGGCCCGCGCUCCCUCAGGCACUCGCCGGCUGCCGGCAGCCUCGCCUCGCGGCGGGACUGAGGCGGUCCUGAGGCGGGACUGAGGCGGGUCUGAGGCGGGACUGAGGCGGGACUGAGGCGGGACUGAGGCUGGUCUGAGGCGGGUCUGAGGCGGGACUGAGGCGGGUCUGAGGCGGGACUGAGGCGGGACUGAGGCGGGUCUGAGGCGGGACUGAGGCGGGACUGAGGCGGGUCUGAGGCGGGACUGAGGCGGGACUGAGGCGGUCCUGAGGCGGGUCUGAGGCAGGACUGAGGCGGGUCUGAGGCGGGACUGAGGCGGGACUGAGGCGGGACUGAGGCGGUCCUGAGGCGGGUCUGAGGCGGGACUGAGGCGGGACUGAGGCGGGUCUGAGGCGGGACUGAGGCGGUCCUGAGGCGGGACUGAGGCGGUCCUGAGGCGGGACUGAGGCGGGUCUGAGGCGGUCCUGAGGCGGGACUGAGGCGGGACUGAGGCGGUCCUGAGGCGGUCCUGAGGCGGGUCUGAGGCGGGACUGAGGCGGGUCUGAGGCGGUCCUGAGGCGGGACUGAGGCGGGACUGAGGCGGUCCUGAGGCGGUCCUGAGGCGGGUCUGAGGCGGGUCUGAGGCGGGUCUGAGGCGGGACUGAGGCGGGUCUGAGGCGGGACUGAGGCGGUCCUGAGGCGGGACUGAGGCGGUCCUGAGGCGGGACUGAGGCGGGUCUGAGGCGGGACUGAGGCGGUCCUGAGGCGGGACUGAGGCGGGACUGAGGCGGGCUGGCUCCAGGCGACCCCGCCUCACAAGCAGCAGGCCUGGUAGCUCUUCAGAGGAGUGGGACGGGAGCCAGAGAAGACUCUAGAGUCGGGCUGCCACGCGCACCCUGGCGCCCCGAGGUAGGCUCCCCGGGGCCCCUCCGUGUGCCCCCCCGCCCCCCUCCUUCGGGCCUUCCCCACGAGGGCCGCGGUCCUCAGCGUGUCCCCGGCACCGUGGACCGCAAGUCUCCUGGCUGCACGCAAGUGUCCCUGGCUGUGGGCUCGGCCAGAGGCGCUGCGGACUGCAGUGAUUUCUUCAGGCGUCCUGAGGAAGCGGGGGGCGGGGGGCAGGAGGGCCAGGCCCAGGGAUGGGCCUGCUCCUCCAGAGCUUGAAGGCUGAGGAGCCGGGGCUGCCCGCUGAGAGCCCCAGGGCCGGCUUCCCUGUGCGCCCGGACGUGGGGUGUGGAGCUGGGAAUCUGUUUUUUGUAUUAUUAUGUUUUGUGCUACUGUAGUUUGGGUGUGGCACUAUCGUAACUCAAAUAAAGUCCUUGUACCGAGUG